UUUGACGGUUAAUUUUUUCAGCAAAUUUCUUAUAAACGAUGUACUCCAUAUCCCGUUACUCAAAAAUCCCGCUUCAGCGUAUUGGUCAUCUUACCAAAAUAGGCAAUCUACACAAAUAUGUUCGGCCGUUUGUACUUAGUACUGUGCACUACUCGAAGUCCAAAGGAAGCGACUGUGAUAAAAAACCUUUUAAGGGAAACAAAGAACUUCUAAAUCGAAAAGAAAAGAAAGCGCCCAAAUUCGAGAUGAAAAUCAUGCCUGUCUCAUAUCAGAAUCUCAGCUACGAAGAGCUUAAUAUGAAGCUGGGUCGCGAACUGUCGCCCCAUCUGACAAUCUAUAAGAUACAGUUGACAUCAGCGAUGUCCAUCCUUCUGCGCAUAAGUGGAUUCGUCUUGGGCAUGGGGUUCUGGGCAAUUGGUUUGAUGGGCUUGUUCUGUAAUAUGGAUAUCAAUGAACUUGCCACAAAGAUUGAGGAAUUCGAGUUGAGUAAGAAUUUCCUUAGUUUUCUCAAGUUUAUUAUAAUUCUACCCUUUGCGUACCAUAUGGUGGUUGGUACGCGCCACCUUAUAUUUUAUUUGAACGUGUUUCUCAGCAAGAAAGGAAUUUAUGCAACUGGCUAUGCUGCCUUGGCAAUGACCCUAAUUGUGGCAGCUGCCUUGACUGGCAUCAAUCUUGAGAACGAAAUGGAAGACCUUUGUGAAGUAUCAAAUGUUGGACAACUCGGAGCGGAAGUGCAGAGCUUGGUGAAUGAGAAGAGUGAUGAAUAAGUAAAGAAGGAGAUGAAUUCUGAUUAACAAGCCUUAAAGCUGACAACAAUUGUGUUAUUUACAAAAUUUACCGACUGGCUUUCAGUUUUAUAAAUGUGAUACUAAUAUUGUUUGAUGGUUCUUCAAUUCUUCAAAUUGUGUAUAAAACUAAACUACACGCCAGUAAAUAAAAUAUAUAAAAUCAAA